UUUUCCGACAGAUUUGUUGUUGUUACUUGUUCGUUUUCUUAUCCUAGUCGACACCCUCAGCUCAAACUUGCUUCUUUCUCAUUCAUGGCAUAUGCAGUCUAUGGAUGCAACUAGCAUUCCUCAAUAAUAUUGCAAUCUGAACAUGAAUUUUUGUGUUCUUAUUGACUGUGUUUGAGGGAGACUUAUGUGUCCGGGCCUGGAUGGGCUACCACUCUAUUUCAACUUUAGACAGAGGAAAAGUACCACUCCUUUUCAACUAUUUACAAGGGGAAUGCUAAAUCACUCUUUUAUUAUGAUGGUGACAAUUAGCAAAAGUAUAUUCCAACUGAAUACAUUCCCAAGGAAGCUGAAACAUGCAUGGGUAUCGAUUCAUUUUAGCCUAGAUAUUAUUCCACUGACACUACUUUUAAAUUCUGCAGAACCUUAAAUAGUAACAAUGAAGAACAUGGUUUUGUCUUCAACCCUUAGUUUUUGAUAGACCUAUGUUAUUCUUCGAGUUUCGGGGUUGAGGAGGAAUCGGUGGAAGUAAAUCUUAGGUAUCAGAUGGCAUGGAGCAGAUCAUCAAAUUGGUGGAGGCUAAGGUUGAUAGCAAAGGUAGGGAUUUGUUUUCUUGUUUUAGUGGCAUCUGUUUCAGCAACUGAAAGUUUGGAGCAACAAGAUUCUUCUAGUCAGAAUCAUGGGAAAGAGGUUGAAUCUAAUUACUUAGUCAGCGUGUCAAAAUCGCAUACCGGUGGAGUCCUUGGCUAUAAGCAUGUCUGGCCUGAAAUAAGAUUUGGCUGGAAAAUUGUGGUUGGUACAGUAAUUGGAUUCCUUGGAGCAGCAUUUGGAAGUGUGGGAGGUGUUGGAGGGGGUGGCAUUUUUGUUCCAAUGCUCACUCUCAUGAUUGGCUUUGAUCAGAAAUCAGCAACUGCAAUUUCAAAAUGCAUGAUCACUGGCGGAGCAGCUGCCACUGUGUUAUACAAUCUAAGGAUGAGGCAUCCAACACUUGAGUUGCCAAUUAUUGACUAUGAUCUUGCAGUUCUAUUCCAACCAAUGUUAGUUUUGGGAAUCAGUAUUGGAGUUUCCCUGAAUGUUGUUCUUUCUGAUUGGAUGAUCACCAUCUUACUAAUUAUUAUUCUCUUAGGUACAUCAACUAGAUCCUUCUUCAAAGGUGUUGAGACAUGGAAGAAAGAAACUAAAACCAAAAAGAAUUUACUGGACGCUUCCAAAAGCUUGGAAUCAAAAGGUGAGGUCGAUUCUUCACUUUCUGGUGUUAGCAUCAGAGACGUUGAAGAGAAAAAUACUGCUAGUGGUACAACCAAUGAGCCAACAGAAACCAAGCAAGCUAAGAGAAGAGAGGUUUCUAUUCUUGAAAAUGUUGGCUGGAGGCAACUUGGAAUUAUUGCUACUGUGUGGGUCAUAAUUCUUGGAUUGCAAAUUGCUAAGGAAACUUGCUUGUUGGAACAGAAUUAUGAGGCAAAAUGCUCGGUGGCAUACUGGUCACUAGAUCUCUUACAGAUUCCUGUGACUCUUGCAGUAACUUCAUAUGAGGUAAUUAAACUGUCCCAAGGGAAGAGAAUACUUGCAUCAAAGGGAUCAGAAACAGGUGCAAACUGGAGAGUUUACAAGCUUGUUUCUUAUUGUGUCUGUGGCAUAGCAGCUGGGCUAGCUGGUGGACUGCUUGGUCUUGGUGGAGGCUUUAUUAUGGGUCCAAUGUUUUUGGAAAUGGGGAUCCCUCCUCAGGUGUCAAGUGCCACAGCCACAUUUAUCAUGACAUUCUCUUCAUCCAUGUCUGUGGUGGAAUACUACCUCCUAAACCGAUUUCCCAUUCCUUAUGCUCUCUAUUUUGCUGGUGUGGCUACUGUUUCUGCCAUCAUAGGGCAACAUGUAGUAGGAAAAGUAAUCAAAGUAUUAGGAAGAGCAUCUCUGAUCAUCUUCAUUCUAUCUUUGACAAUAUUUGUGAGUGCACUCACAUUAGGAGGGGUAGGCAUAGCGCACAUGGUUACAAAGAUUGAGCAGAAGCAGUACUUGUGGUUUGAGCACAUGUGCACUCAUGUAUCCUAAUCUUCUAACUAGCUCUUCGCUUAAUGAAUUCCUUCACACCCCAAGCGUAAAAAAUUCUUCCUACACUUGGAAUCAUAUACAAGUUGUGAUUUUAGGUGUGAGAAGAAUAUAAUGCAUGCUCUAAAAAAUCUAAAUUCAAGUUCUAGGAUUUGACUUUGUCGUAGUGUUCUGUUGGUACUUUGCUCAGAACACCACUGAUACUUUUGUAUUGUUGAUUUCUUCUGAAUUUUAGUGAACGCUUCUUUUUUAUAUAAA